ACCUGGGUUAUUACGUUUGAGGGUGCCCUCCCUCCAUUGACCCCGCCCCAGGUUGCUUAGGAGUGGAGAGACGCCGAAUCUUGGAGUAGUUGGCUGGGGGCCCAAACCAGCGCAGAGGGUAAUCUGAGGUCUGCGCCGCGAGGGCGGUCAUGGAGAACUUCGGCAGCUCCCGCCAGGACUUGUGCAGCACUAGGGGGUACCAGUUUGAGAUCGGACCCCCCGACGUGCUGGAGCGCAAGGGCUCCCUGACCCUCCGCUCCCGUCACAAAAAAUACUCGAAUCCGGUGUUGGUGUAUUCCUGGCACCUCAACAGAGAAGCUUACCCCAAAGAUUAUGAUAUCGAGGGUCCUGAGAAAAUUAAAAAACUGUGUGAUUCAACAUAUCGGAGGCUUGGAACUGAUGAACCCCAAAUUUGGAUCUCAGAAACACAUGAACAAACGGCACGAGUUUUUUUAAACACAGAAUUGGCUCAAAUAAAAAGCCGUGCUUUAUUGAAUGAGGAGACAUGGUGCUCUGGGGUUGUUGAAAGGGACACUGGAUUGCCUGUGACAGGCUUCGGAGCUCUCUUUACUAGACACCCACCAGAUCGGCGCAAGAUGUGUGCAUUGACGACAUAUGCUGAAAACUACACUCCACCAUAUAAUUAUCAGCUACUUUGGAGGACACUCAUGCUCAGCGAGCCUGAAAACUUCAUCAUGUCACCUGAUGGCGAACAGAAAAAACCCUCGGCUUCAGAGACCUAACUCAUUACUCUUGGCCCAGUAUCAGGAUGCUGCCUCUUUAAACUUUUGACCUUUACUAUGCUUUUUUUGCUGCAACCAUCUGGUAGGCUAUUGGAUUAGAACUCAGGAAGCCUUGAAUUAACUAUAUAAAGGGUACGGCUUAGACAGAAAUCAAACUGGAAUCCUAAAGAGGAAUCGGGAGGAAGCACUGGCCUGCGGAUCCAGACAUCUGGGCUCUCUUCUUACCUUCGUUACUAACUAGCUGUGUGACACUGGGCAUGUCACUCCGUCUUUCUGGUCCUUAAUUUUCUCAUCUACACAAUGACUGGGAGUGACUGGAUAAUUUUUAGAGGCCCUCCAGCUUGAAAUUCUACAAUCUUAACCUUGAAAGCCGGCGUGAGGCAGCACAUGUGCACGAUGAUUAGUGCUGAAGGUAUCAGCAAGUCUACCCGAAAGAGCUUACCUCUCAGGGGCUUUCCUGAAAUUGCAUUCUGAGGUAAGAAAUAAAGAGAAUAAACAAUUUCAUAUCACCCUCUUAUUUACGUUUUUGAACAUACCGGGUAACAAAAUAAUAACCACGAGUCAUGGGGGGAAUUGAAUGAAA